AUGUCCAACUUUUCAUCGGAAGCCUCUCUUGCAGAAUCUCGAGUGAUUGAGUUGGCCGAUCCAAAGAAUCCAACCCAGAAAGCAUGGCAACAAAUUGAUGAAAAAGAUGGAGCUGUUGUGGAAUUUGCUGAACCACCUCCUCAUACGGGAUCGUAUCGAGUGACUUAUCUGAUGAAAGGUGUUACGGUCGACCAAGUAGCACAAAUUUUGUGGAAUAAUGAUCACAUUCUUGCACUCAGUACUUCACUUUCAGAAAUUAAAGCUCUGAACAAGUUGAGUGACAAUGAGGAAAUUGUUGCUCACAUGCACAAAUCACCAGCAUUUGGUGUUUCAAAACGAGAUUAUUUAAUUGCGAGAAAAUUUGACAAGAGAGAAGAUGGCUCAGUGAUCAUUGCUCAGAAAAGUGUUGUUGAUCAUUCCUUGUUCCCUGAACAAUCAGGUUAUGUAAGAGGAGAUUUGUUGUGCUCUGGGUAUGUCAUUAAGCCUGUGAAGAAACCAAAUGAAACUACUGCAUCAAGUUGUCAUGUUACCUAUGUCAUUCAAACAGAUGUCAAAGGAUGGAUUCCUGAUUUUGUCAAGAAAAUGGCCAACUCUCAACUUACUACACAACUCUUGAAUCUCUAUGCCUAUGUCAAAAAGUUAUUUGGCAUUAAUUAA